AUAAUAUUAAAUUUUUAAUUUAUUAAACUAAUUAUUUAAUUAUUUACUCGCGAUAUCGCUCUGGACGUCAUAUCCGGCGACCUCUACCAUUUACAGUCAAAACAAGCCGAACCGUCACAUCAUCAGCAUAACAAAUGAGGCAGGCGGAUCAGACAUUAACCUCUAAAAGACAGAGAGCUCGUAGCAAGAAAUCUAGAACCGGUUGUCGCACUUGUCGUGCGCGACAUGUCAAAUGUGACGAAACCCCAGGAGCAUGUAAAAGAUGCACUAAUACUGGAUAUACUUGCGAAUAUGAUCUUCAGACGUUGCCUCGCAGCGGGAAAUCGAUAGCUUUCGAGAAGGCCAAAGGCUACAAGAAUCCUAUUCCUUUUGCAGUCGUCAGCGGUCCAAAUUGGGCGACGACCUCGGACGAACGACGAUGCUUCUUACAUUUCCAAUAUCGCACCACGCCAACAUUACUAGGAUUGUUUGAUUCAUUAUUAUGGCAGGAGAUUGUGCUUCAAAUGAGCCAUUCAGAGCCAGCAGUUUACCAUGCCGUAGUUGCUCUAAGCGCCGUUCACCAGGACACCGAGAUGUAUGGCAUGCCCCUCCCUGGACAAGACCCUCAAAAUAGAUGGCAUCAAUUCGCCCUUGAGCAAUGUGGGAGAUCCUUUUCACUUCUUCAUCGGCGCUCUCAUGAUCCCAGAUUGAGAGAGAUCAUGCUACUUUGCUGUAUUCUGUUUGUCCUUGUAGAGCUACUGCGAGGCCAAUACGACACCGCCUUCAAACAUCUACACAGUGGUUUACGGAUUUUGAAAGAAGUCAAGGCUGAUGAAAAGUUUAAUCCGUUCUUGCUGUCGGCUUUCACUACGCUAGAUAUGCAGUCAAUGCAAUUUGGGGCAGGCGGCCUUCUAUCAAUCGGCAACACGAUGGCCUAUCAGACGAACCUUGCCGACGGCCUAGGAAUAGUCCAUGACUUGCAAGAGGCACGCCAAAAUUUGACGGUCCUAUUAAGCGCUGUUACUGAUUUUCUCACACGAUGUGGGUCCUUAACACAAGCCGAUAUAGUGGCAGAAUACGAGGCUUUGCAUCAUAUGCAGCUGCAGCACCUCUCUCAGUUGGGUCAAUUCGACGACUGCUUUGAAUAUUUUUGUUCUUGUCACGUCUUUAACUCCAGAGAACAUCGAGGAGUAAGUAUAAUUCGGUUAUUAAAUCACAGCUUCAGCUUGGCUCUCAAGACUUGUCUUUUGCGGGAUGAUUCUGUUUUGGAGUGCUACACCCCCGAAUACAACAUGCUCUUGUCGCUAGUAGAAGAUGUCAUAGAUCACUUUGAAGACCGCCCGAGCUUCACACUAGACAUUGGCAUCAUUCCAGCCCUUUAUUUUGCGGCUAUGUGGUGUGUUGAUUACGAAAUACGCUGUCGGGCAGUUGAAGCUCUGCAACGCUGGCCUCAUCGUGAGGGCUCAUUUGAUUCCAAUUGGGUUGCUUUCAUAGCCCUGGAGCGCAUGAAAACGGAAUCGCUAACCGUGCAUGCGGAAUUGGCCCUGUGUGAAGUACAUCAAGCAGAUUACACCUGGGACAAUUAG